AUGGAGAGGCAUGUUCAUGGAGUUUUAUAUGUGUUCGUUAUCGCAUUUGCUCUUCUACGUUUUGUUAAAGCGCAGGAUCAAAAAGGAUUCAUCACUUUGGAUUGUGGUUUGUUACCUGAUGGGUCUCCAUACGUCGAUCCAUCUACCGGAUUAACAUUCACAUCGGAUUCUAGUUUUGUUGAGAGUGGAAAGAACGGUCGAGUCGAUAAGGAUUCUCAGCGAAACUUCGAAAAGUCGUUUGUAACUCUGAGAUACUUUCCGGAUGGACAACGAAACUGUUAUAACUUGAAGGUCACGCAAGGAACAAAUUAUCUGAUUAGAGCUUCCUUCUAUUAUGGAAAUUAUGAUGGUUUUAAUACUAUCCCAAACUUUGAUCUGUUUCUUGGUCCUAAUAAGUGGACAACGGUAAAUUUGGAUGAAACCGGAGAUGGUAUGUACGAGGAGAUCAUUCACAUGUCCAGGUUAAGCUCUUUGCAGAUCUGUCUUGUUAAGACAGGAACAACAACACCGAUGAUAACAACCUUGGAGCUACGACCAUUGAGAAGUGAUAUUUACAUUAGUAACAUUGGGAGCUCCUUGAAGUUCUUCUCAAGAAGUUAUUUUAAUGGUUCAAGUCGCAUUUUACGGUACCCUGAUGAUGUCUAUGACCGUAGGUGGUUCCCUUUGUUAGAUAAAGAUAAAGAGUUGACUCUAGUAACUACCACUCUCAAUGUAAACACUUCUAAUGGUUAUGAUCCACCACAAGGUGCAAUGGCAUCGGCUGCAACCUAUGUAAAUGAUAAUGGGACAUGGGAUAUUCCAUGGAGUUUCAACGAUUCUACGACAAGGUUUCACAUUUAUCUUCACUUUGCAGAGAUUCAAACUUUGUUAGCCAAUGAGACAAGGGAAUUCAAUGUUCUUCUGAAUGGGAAAGAUUUUUCUGGACCUUUUAGUCCUAAAAAGUUAAGUAUUGUAACUAUGAUCACCCAACCCGAUUCGACAUUGAGAUGCAAAGAGGGGAGUUGCCUCUUGCAGCUAGUGAAAACAACAAAAUCAACUCUUCCUCCACUCAUCAAUGCCAUUGAAAGUUUUACUGUGGUUGAUUUUCCUCAGUUAGAAACAAACCAAGAUGAAGUGAUUGCUGUCAAGAAGAUCCAAAUUUCUUAUGGAUUGAGUAGAAUUAGUUGGCAAGGAGAUCCAUGUGUCCCCAAACAGUUUUUGUGGGUUGGUCUAAACUGCGAUGACACGGAUAAUUCCAUUCCACCAACAAUCACUUCCUUAAAUUUGUCUUCAAGUGGAUUAACCAAUAUCAUCGUUCCUGCCAUUCAGAAUCUAACCAAUUUACAAGAAUUGGACUUGUCAAAUAACGACUUGACCGGUGUUGUACCUGAGUUUCUAGGUGACAUGAAAUCCCUCUUGAUCAUAAACUUAAGUGGAAACAAUCUUAGUGGCCAACUUCCUCAAAAGCUUCUCCAAAAGAAAGGACUAACGCUGAAUGUUGAAGGCAAUCCUAAUCUUCUUUGCAAAGAAGGGUCAUGUGUAAAUAAACCUGGAGAAAGUGGACAUCCCAAAAAGAGUAUAAUUGUACCAGUCGUUGCAUCAGCUGCUUCAAUGGUAGUUCUUGUAGCUGCAUUGAUUCUGUUUUUUGUUCUCAAAAGGAAAAAAUCAUCUAAAAGUAAAGAAAAGAGUAGAGAGGCACCAAGAAUUACUAAAAAGAAAAGGUUUACUUACGAAGAGGUUACUGAAAUGACAAAUAACUUUGAAAGGAUUCUUGGGAAAGGAGGGUUUGGUAUGGUUUAUCAUGGAUAUGUAAAUGGUACAGAACCAGUUGCUGUUAAAAUAGUCUCUCAGGCUUCAGUUCAUGGGCACAAACAAUUCAAGGCAGAGGUAGAUCUUCUUCUGAGAGUUCAUCACAAGAAUUUGGUAAGCCUAGUUGGAUAUUGCGACAAAGGGAAAGAAUUGGCGCUUGUCUACGAAUACAUGGCCAAGGGAGAUUUAAAAGAGAUUUUGUCCGGGAAGCAUGGCUCCUCUGUUUUAAGGUGGGGAACUAGACUAAAAAUAGCACUCGAGGCCGCACAAGGAUUGGAGUAUUUGCAUAAAGGAUGCAGACCACCAAUAGUUCAUAGAGAUGUCAAAACCGCAAAUAUAUUGUUGGACGAACAUUUCCAAGCAAAACUUGCCGAUUUUGGGCUUUCGAGAUCAUUCUCAAACGAAGGAGAAAGUCAUGUUUCCACAGUUGUUGCAGGAACUCUUGGUUACCUUGAUCCAGAAUAUUACCAAACAAGUUGGUUGACAGAAAAGAGCGAUGUGUAUAGUUUCGGAGUCGUUUUAUUAGAGAUUAUAACAAAUCAGCGAGUGAUUGACCAGAGUCGUGAAAGGCCAUACAUAGCAGAAUGGGUGGAGUUAAUGAUUACCAAAGGAGAUAUUAGAAACAUUACGGAUCCAAGUCUCAAGGGAGAUUAUCACUCUGAUUCUGUUUGGAAAUUUGUUGAGCUAGCAAUGACUUGUGUCAAUGCUCUUCCAUCGAGUAGACCGACCAUGUCUCAAGUCGUUAUUGAACUAAUCGAAUGUUUAACAUUUGAAAACUCGAGGGAAGGAACGAGUCACGACAUGGACUCCAAAGGUUCGAGAGAAGUGACCAUGACCUUUGGUACUGACGUAAACCCCAUGGCUCGCUAG